UAUUUUAAUCCAAAUGGCAGAGAAUUUUGAAUUGGCAACAGAAGAAGUUAAAUCAUUCGUUAAUAAAUUGAAUGAUCAAACAAAAUUGUAGAUCUAUGGAUUAUACAAGUAAGCAACAGUUGGUGACAUUGAUAUUGGCAAACCAGGAAUUCUUGACUAAAAGGGAAGAGCAAAAUGGGAUGCUUGGAAUGCCAAUAAAGGAAAGUCUAAGGAAUAAGCCAAAGUUGAAUAUGUGUAAGUGGUCAAAGCCAACGCCCCUGCUGAUAUCGCAAAAAACUUAUGAGAGUAUGAGAAUGAUAAUAUCAUAAUCAAAUUUUACAUAAUCAUCUAUUAUAUAGCUGA